AUGACACCCCUCGAUUGGUCGAAUGUAACGAAAACUGGAACAUUCAUUCAACACACAUUCGGUGCGUUACCUUUAAUUGGCUCAAUAAAUGAUGCCGGCGUGUUAUCGGUCACUUCAAAAAGUUCCAGUUCAAAAUCAUGUACGUUACCAUCGCUAACAUCAACGAAACAUUCUCGAUUAUCAACGCCAUCACUUUCCUCAAGCGAUGGUAAAGGUAAACGUGCAUUAUCAUUUUCUCCGAUGUCUGAUAAUAUAUUAAUACAAUCGCAACAACAAUCCAUGGAAAUAAAUCUUAUUUCAACUGUUCAACGUUCCGAUUAUCUUCCGCCUAGAGUUCUCGCGCCAUUAAUCGAACCGAAUGAAAUUCAAUGUCAAUGGUCCGGCUGUGAUCUGCUAUUUUCAACACCAAUUCAAUUAACAGAACAUAUCCGAUCUGUUCAUAUUAAUCGGACUGAUUCUCGUACAUGGUUAUGUCAAUGGCAAUCAUGUACACGCAGUCGAAUACCAUUUAAAUCUCUUUAUUCAUUAUUUCUUCAUUUGCGAACACAUACACAAGAUCGACCAUUUCAAUGUUCACAUAUGGGGUGUGCAAAAACAUUUACACGAGCAGAAUAUUUACGUUUACAUGAACGCUCCCAUACAGGUGAAAAACCAUAUCCAUGUGAAUAUGCAGAUUGUUCUAAAGCAUUUAGUAAUCCGUCCGAUCGAACUAAACAUAUGAAACGAACACAUUUAAAUAAAAAAGAAUAUGUAUGUCAAAUUGUAGGAUGUGGUAAAUCCUAUACAGAUCCAAGUUCAUUAAGAAAACAUUUAACUUAUUCAAGUGGAUUCAGUAAUCAAUCGAAUAUUCGUAUUGAAAAUAAUAAUGAUGACGAUGAUGAUGAAGAUGUGAUUGUCGAUAAUGGAGUUUCAUUAAAUGUUGAUAUUUUGGAACAUAAUUUAGGAGAAUUAUCAAUGGGUACUACAACUGUUUUACCCAUUCACCGAGCACCCAUCAUGAAUUCUUUAAAACACAUUACACAAAAGGCUAUUCUACCAGCAAUACAUAUUACGGGCGUUUGCGAAACUGAGGGUGAUGAAAAUUUUUCAAAUAAAGGUCAACAAAAUCAAGUUGCAUUUCGUUCAAUUCAUCAUCAUCAUCGUAUGAGUGCUCAAUCUGGUAGUACUGCAUAUAGUAGUAUGAGAAGUGAUUCAAUGAAUGUUGAUAGUGCCCUUUUUCUUCCAAGUAAUCAUUCAAGUAUGAUGUCCUUCGCUCAACAUCCCAGUGCAUCGCCCUAUGAGUAUGAUUGUAUAUCAAACGAUAAUAUCAAAUAUGAAAUACGAAGUAGUAAUGCAUUAACCAUUCCAUCUAUUCAAACUUCUCUUAGUCCACUGCGUCGUUCCCAUGGAAGUUCUGAACAACUUCUUACAUUACCACGUAUGAAUUCAACAACAAGUCAUUUAAGUUCAAUACUAACCAAUGAAUUAUCGCCAUCGACUAGUUUUUGUGUUAGUACAUUGUCAGGUGAUACUCAACAAAUACCAACAUCAAAUUCAAAUCCUAAAAUGGCACAUUUACUCUAUUUUCUUCAAACACUUGAAUAUAAUCCACACUUAGAUAAUGAAGAUGUUUAA